UUCCCCAUCUUGGGGUUAACAUUACCCCCCCCAGCCCUAUAGAUCUAUAGGGUGGCGCAGCGCCGGCGCGAUGGGAGCUGGCACACCUGGUUGCCUGGAGACAGGGGAGGUUGGCGGUGGAAAUGCUCCUUCCAGUAAACAGCGAGGCUGGAACAAAACCCCGAAUGCUAAAAAUAGGGAGGAAGGAUAUCAAAAUAAAGAGCGCAGCCUCGCCUCCCCAGGGCACCCCCAUGCCACCGCCGGGCACCCCAAAAAGCCAGGGGACGGAUGGGGCACACUUGUGGGCAGUGACACGAGUGGGUCUGCACUGCUGUGGGAUCCCAGACCCCCGAUCCCAGACCCCAUAGCAGCCAGCACCUUGCCUGGAUGGCUGCGUUGCACCAGCUUGUCACACGUGGCGCACAACCGGCGCACUCACAGCCCGCUAGACGUUUGCACGGCCACAGCCACACGCUGUCCCCACCUCUGGGCUGUGCCCCACAGCCUGUGCUGGUCCCAGUUCUGCGCCUACUGGUCCCAGUUGCCCCCCCGUACAGCUGGGUAGGGUGAGGGGCACCGCAGCUAUGGGUUUACAUCUGGGUUUAUGCUGCCCCAUGGAGGAUUGAGCCCAGGCUGGGGACAAGGAGGACAAGGGACACUGCAGGCAGAAUCAGGUCCUGGCAGAGGAGAGGACCACGGGGCUGUAGGGCCGCAUCCUGCCUGCUCUUGCCUUGACCCCCCCGCUCUCCCCUUCUCCAUCAGCACCCAUCGUGUCCCAGCCCCUCCGUGUCCCCACGGGGCGGCCCUACUGUCAUGGUGGGGGGCUGGCGUGCACCUCUCCCCUCCCUGCAGCCAGCCUUCCUCCCCGGCCAGCUGCCUUCUUCCUCCUCCUCUCCCCACCCGGGCACCUCCGGGCUGGCAGGAUAACAAUAGCGAGGAGGAUGAGUAAGAUGGUCCCCAUUGCCUUGGCAACGCACUCCCGCGCUCCCCAGCUCGCGAGGAGCCAGGCAGCUGCCUGAAAAGCGCAUCCUCCCCGCGGGGAGGGGGCCGCGGGCGCAGGGGUUCGUUUCAGCAGUUCAAUCGGCGUCGAUGAAGUAAAAGCCCUGGCUGCAUUAAUGACAUACAAAUGUGCCGUGGUGGAUGUUCCUUUCGGUGUUGCCAUGGCGGGUGUGAGGAUUGAUCCCAGGAAAUACUCGGAACAUGAGCUGGAGAAAAUAACAAGACAUUUUACUAUAGAGAUGGCCAAGAAGGGAUUUAUAGGGCCUGGGAUUGACGUGCUGGCCCCUGAUGUCAGUACUGGGGAACGAGAGAUGUCCUGGAUAGCUGACACCUACACCUACACGCUGGGGUACCGGGACAUCAAUGCCCUGGCCUGUGUCACCGGGAAGUCCAUCAGCCAGGGAGGGGCCCACGGGCGACACUCUGCCACCGGGCGCGGGGUGCUGCAUGGCAUCGAGAACUACAUCAACAACACGCACUACAUGGACUGCAUCGGCAUGAGCCCCGGCUUGCCCGGCAAGACCUUCGUGCUGCAGGGCUUUGGCAAGGUGGGGCUGCACACCAUGAAGUACCUGCACCACUUUGGAGCCCGCUGCGUCUGUGUUGGGGAGACGAACGGGGCCAUUUACAAUCCCGGUGGGAUCAACCCCAAGGAGCUAGAAGACUACGAGAGAGCCCAGGGCACCAUAGUUGGCUUUCCGAAAGCAGAGCCCUAUGAGGGCAGCAUCCUGGAGGUGCCCUGCAACAUCCUCAUCCCCGCCGCUAUUGAGAAACAGCUCACAAGGGAGAACGCGCCCCAGGUGCAAGCAAAGAUCAUCGUUGAAGCUGCCAACGGCCCCACUACACCCGCAGCACACGACAUAUUCCUGCAAAGAAACAUCCUCGUCAUCCCGGACGUGUACGUGAACGCCGGUGGCGUGACUGUGUCCUUCUUCGAGUGGCUGAAGAACCUGAACCACGUUAGCCACGGCCGCCUCAGCUUCAAGUGUGAGUGGGAGUCGAGCUGCUACCUGCUGCAGUCGGUGCAGCACAGCCUGGAGCGGUGCUUCGGCAAGGCCAGAGGGGAGAUCCCCAUCCUCCCGUCCCCCGAGCUCCAGGCCCGCAUGUCCGGUGCCUCAGAGCGGGACAUCGUGUAUGCGGGACUGGCCUACACCAUGGGGCAGUCAGCCAAGCAAAUCAUGAACACGGCUGCAAGGUACAACCUGGGCCUGGACCAGCGAACCGCUGCCUACCUGUGCGCGCUGGAGAAGGUGCUCACCGUGUACGACAAGGCCGGCUUCACCUACUGACAGAGCAGCCGCCGGGCUGCACAGCACAGGCCAGGCUGCCACAUGGGGAGGGACACAGGUCUGCUGCGCAGAGGUGCUCUGGUACCGCUUGGUGCACAGAGGGGAAGCCGCGGUCUCUAUAAAUGGUUUAUUUGA